UAGCCAAGCUAGCUAGGGUUUGGUGAUGACGCUUGGAGAGGGAGAGGGAUGAGUGAUUGCGCGGCUCCGGUAAGCGUUUCCUCGGCUUGUUUCCGCGCCGGAGCCAAGAAUCUCUCCAGCUCCUCCAGUUUCUAUCGAUUCUCAGAUCCUCGCGGCAGAGGAUUCGGAGGAACAGGGAAGAUUUUGGGGACUGGGAGUAGAAAUCAAUGCAGUUCUUCCGAGAUUCAAGCCAGGGAUGGAAAUAUUUCGAGAGCUGGAGCUCGACAUCGGCAUAGCAGCGAUCGAUCGCCAGACUUCCAGGCCAGGGAUGGAAAUAUUUCGAGAGCUGGAGCUAGGAAUGACGAGAAUCGAUCGAGUGGCGAUGAUGGAGGCGAUGGAAGCCGCGGCAUUGUCCCGUUCCAAGGCGCCGGUCUCGAGCAAUGGAAGCUUAGCGAUGCCAGGAGCAGUGAGUGGGUGUGGCGGCGGCAGCAAAGGAAGCGAUUGCUGCGUCGUGUGAGAAGGCCGCCGAGUGAUCCUGGAAUUCGCGAUCUGAUACAGCGGCGGCGAGAAUGGGAGAAGCGAUUGCGAAGAGCUCAGCCACAGGCAGUGGCUCCAAAGUGGACGCGCUUGACUCCAGAGCAAAUGGCCGAGUACCACGCUCACGGUGGCUACGCUGCCUAUCCCAUGCGGUAUAAGAGUCACGUCGAGUCCGCCAUCGCCACGGUCCGCGGGCUUGCAACCCAAGAAUCUUACGACAUUCGUCGCGUGAUGGCUCCUUGGGUCGGGAGAUUGACGUUCCGGGAGCUUUGCACGGUGCUCAAGUGGCAACAAGGAUGGAAAGAAGCCCAGGAGUUCUUCGCGUGGAUGAAACUCCAGCUGUCCUACAUUCCAAGCGUGAUUGUUUACUCGAUGCUGCUCAAGGUGUAUGGCAGGGACAAACAGAUUGGUUUGGCCGAGGCCGCGUUUCAGGAGAUGCUGGACCAGAAGCUGGAUCCCGACGAGGUGGCGUUCUCGACAAUGAUCCUCAACUAUGCAAACGCGGAGAUGUUCGACGAGAUGCUCACCAUGUACGAAGCGAUGAUGAGCCGGGGGAUUGUUCCGUCGUCGGUGACGUACACGACAAUGCUGAUCCAUCUCAACAAGGCCGAGAGGCUGGCGGAUGCUGCUUUGUUGUGGGAGGAUCUGGUGGAGGAGUCUGUGGAGCUGAGUCCUCUGGCUUAUGCGUUGAUGAUCACCAUCUAUAGGAAGCUGGGGCGGUUUGAGGAAGCCUUGGAAGUCUUUGAGGCUAUGCUAGGUGCUGGCUAUUACCCGGACUCUCUCAUCUACAACAUGGUUCUUCAUAUGCUGGGAAAGUUAGGACGCUAUGACGAGGCGGUCGACGUUUUUACCGCGAUGCAGCGGCAGGAGCUGUGUACCAGUAAGUACUCGUAUGCUACUAUGCUGCACAUCUGUGAGAAAGCUGACAAGUUUGAGCUCGCUGCGUCGAUCUUCUCUGACAUGCAGAUGAAGAGAUGCCCGGUUGACGAAGUUGUCUACACGAGUGUGAUCAGCAUCUACGGGAAGGCCGGGCUUUAUGACGAAGCGGAGAAGCUGUUCCAGGAGAUGAAUGAGCUACGGCUUUUGGUUGACGUGAAGACGUUCUCGGUGAUGGCCAACGUUCGUUUGAAGGCUGGCAAGUAUAACGAAGCAGUGCAAGUCAUGGAAGAGCUGCUUGCUAAAGGGCUCAACCUGGACGACACGGCAUGGAAGACGCUGUUGCAUUGUUAUGUCAAGGCUGGGAACGUAGAGCGUGCUACGAAGACUUUCAAGACUCUGGUGGAGUCUGGAAUUGCGGAUCUGAUGGCAUACAACGAUAUGCUCAGCCUCUACGCCGAGUUUGAUAUGUUGGAGGAUGCCAAGCUCCUAUUCCAGCAGCUCAAGAGCUCGUCCAUACAGCCAGAUCAGGUGUGGUUUGGGACCAUGGUGAAGCUUUACUGCAACGCUAAUAUGGUGGCGGCCGCGGAAGAAGUUCUGAGGCAAAUGCGAGAGAAGGGGUUCACGCCGGAUCACAUUACUCAGGGGAUACUGAUCAACGCUUAUGGUGAGGCAAACAGGAUCGAAGAGGCUGCGGGCUUGUUGGAAGCGUCGGCAAAAGAAGAUGAAAGCGAAGCUGCCGCGAUUUCGAGGAUUUACUUGUGCCUCAAAUUUCGCCUCUUUGACAAGGCGACCUUGCUGCUCCAUCGCGUUCUGGAAUCCUUUACCCUGGACUCUGCCGCGUACAACCAGCUGACCAUCAAUUUUCUCAAGGCUGGCCAAGUUCCACCAGCGGAAAUGUUACAUUCAAGGAUGCAGGAUAAAGGGUUUGACGUGGAGGACUCGACACUAGGCCAUUUAAUCGCGGCCUAUGGAAAGGCAGGUCGCUACGAAGUUCUGACGAAGCUGAAACCCGAGUUGCCGAGGAACAAUUUUGUCUAUUCGUCAAUGGUUGGAGCGUUGAUCAACUGCAACCAGCUGGAAAAAGCUGCUGGAUUGGUGGAGAAGAUGAGGCAGAUCGGUCUCAAGUGCGACAGCGUUUUGGUCAGUAUACUUCUCAAUGCAUACAGCAAAGCUGGACUUGUGGAGGACGCCGAUGCUCUAAUUCAUAUGGCCAGGGGCGAUGGUAUCCCGCUGGAUAUUGUUGCCUACAACACGAUCAUAAAAGCAGAUUUGAGAGCUGGUCGCCUAAAGAAAGCAAUAGACACAUACUCAUCACUUACAAACUUGGGGCUGCGGCCGUCCCUUCAAACAUAUGAUACUAUGAUAAGUGUCUUUGCGAAGUCUGGAAGGACACGGGAUGCAGAGAAAAUGUUCAAAGAUCUAAAGUCCGCUGGCUUUCAACCGGACGAGAAGGUGUACAGUCAAAUGAUGAACUGCUAUGCUAAAUCCGGCAUGUACGAACAUGCUGCGGAUUUAUUUGAGGCCAUGAAGCUGAGAGGCCUGAGGCCACACGAGGUCAGUUACAACAAUUUGAUCGAUGCUUACGCUCGAGCUGGCCAAUUCGCGAAAGCAGAGCAGCUGCUGGUUGAAAUGGCCAAAGCCGGAUGUCCUCCGAGCUCGGUCACGUUUCUUCUUCUCAUCUCUGCCUACGCACACCGGGGGAAAUGCAACGAGGCUGAGAAUGCUUUAGAGAGAAUGCAAACGGCCGCGAUACGCCCAACCGUGAGGCAUUACAACGAAGUUAUGCUUGCUUUCUCCAGGGCCAGGCUCCCUAGUCAAGCCAUGGAGAGUUACUUGAAGAUGGAGAGGUCAGGAAUCCAACCCGACGUAGUCUCGAGCAGGACAAUGAUCCGGAUACUUCUCGAGGGCUCGAUGUUUGAAGAGGGACUUUCCCUGUACAAGAAAACCGAGGCAAAACUCGUCAGCGACAGCCUGAGCCGGGAAAUGGUGGCGAAGCUGUAUCAAGGCGCUGGCAAACACUUCGAGGCCAAAUACAUAUUGCGACAAACAUCUGGUGAUAGAGAGGUGGUUUCCUAGCGCUAAAAACAUGAACACGCGAGAGAUGAGAAGAAUACAAAAAACGAGCUUGGAGUUCUCAGCUACAAGAAAGAUGAGCUCCAAGCAAGACGCAGCAAAACGAAAACUAAAAAA